UUAAAAAACAGAAAUAAAUAUUUCUUAAUGCGUUAGUUGAUUUCGAAGCUCUCUCUGAUCACUUCUUUCACUACCAUUCCUCGCAUCAUUCAUUCAUCUGAAAAACAAUGGCCGAGAAAGCUAUUACCAUCAGAACCAGAAAGUUCCUCACCAAUCGUCUCCUUUCCAGAAAGCAAUUCGUUGUUGAAGCUAAUCAUCCAGGGAAACCAAAUGUUUCUAGGGCUGAGCUUAAGGAAAAGCUGGCAACUAUGUAUAAUGUGAAGGACACUAACACUGUGUUUGUGUUUCAAUUCAAAACACAUUUUGGAGGUGGAAAAUCCACUGGUUUUGGCUUGAUUUAUGAUUCGGUUGAGAGUGCCAAGAAGUACGAGCCCAAGUAUAGACUUAUCAGGAAUGGUCUUGACACCAAAGUAGAGAAGUCAAGGAAGCAAAUGAAGGAGAGAAAGAAUAGAGCUAAGAAGAUCCGUGGUGUUAAGAAGACCAAGGCUUCUGAAGCUGCCAAGGGUGGAAAGAAGAAAUAAGUUUGAGACUUCAUGUUUGAGUUAAGAUUAUCAUUAUUUUGCUUUCCGAGUUUUUUAGUAGCAUUUUUUCUCACAGUAGGUCUAUAGAAUAAGAAUUUUGGCACAAGGGUCAAUCUUUGUUGAAUUGUUUUGCUAUCACGGAAUAUUUUCAUUUUCAGUGCCAGAAUUGGUAGUAUUUUAUUUA